AUGGUGUUUGUAACUCUCAAGUACAUUAUUAUUGGAGACUCCGAAGUGGGUAAAUCAUCACUUCUCCUACAAUUUACAGAGCAACAUUUUCAGCCCAUUCAUGACUUAACUAUUGGAGUUGAAUUUGGCGCCAAGUUACUCGAAGUAGACGGUCGAAAGGUUAAAUUAGAAAUUUGGGAUACAGCAGGCCAAGAAACGUUUCUAUCGAUCACUCGAAGUUACUAUCGGGGAGCAGAUGGAGCACUACUUGUUUAUGAUGUUGGACGGAAGGAAAGCUUUGAACAUUUGGGUCGUUGGCUACAAGAAUGCCAUCAAAAUUGUCAUAAUGACGAUGUGGCUAUCAUGGUCGUAGGAAUGAAAUGUGAUAUGGCUGAAAGUGAGCGUGAAGUAACUGAAGAGGAAGGACGUAGUUGGGCAGAAUCUCAUGGUCUCUUUUUUAUUGAAGCUUCAGCCAAGACAGCGUUAAAUGUUGAACAGGCAUUUACACAGACAGCGACAACAAUUUUACGCGAUUUUGACUACUCGAAUCGUCAAAUGCGCAAGAUGUCAGGCGUCAAUCGUGUGUCAAUAGACACAAAUGUGGAGCGAAUGCAGCAGACACAGUCGUCGUGUUGUGGGUAA